AUGCUUUUGAACAGCAGCUGCAACGCUGCGAGCCUCCGCUACGAGAUCGACGUCCUCAAAAACAACCCGUCGCCGUACAUUGUGCGGCUGCUUGCGACGGCAGACGCGAAAUCGGACGCGCCACAGCUCAUCUUCGAGUACAUGGACGGCGGCAGCCUCGCUUCGUACCUCGAGAAGAUCGCUGCAGACAAACCCGUCCCCGUGGUAUACGCGCCCAUUGAGAUUCUCUGGGUCGUUGCCAACGCUUUGAACGAUCUUCACGCCAAGAACGUUGUCCAUCGUGACAUCAAGACCGACAACAUCCUCCUCUCGUCCAAGUACUACAUCAAGGUCGGUGACCUCGGUGUCGCCAAGGAGGAAGCCGACUACAUGUCGACCGCAAAAGGAACGAAGAAUUGGAUGGCGCCCGAAGUGCUCACGUCCGGAAGCCGCUACGGCACGCCCGCCGACAUUUACUCGUUUGGGAUACUCCUCCAGACGCUGUGCCCUAACCCUCGCGAUCCAAGCACCCAGUGGGUCACGACACUUGCAGCGGACUGCACGGACUUGGAUCCGACGCGCCGUCCGACGGCGGCCAAGCUCGUCGAAAUCUUGCUGCCGAAGUUGCAAUCGUAUGUCGUGUAUUCUUGA